GCUCUAUCAUCGUGCCGAGUCAGAAGACAGAAAAAGUUUAUAGAGCUUAAAGUGGUUGCCUAAAACAAGUGGUUCUCCUGCCAUCACUUGCUCGUCAGUGCAAACCUUCAAGUCCAGCAUGUCGUCGCUCUGCAAGCAAACUCCCUCACCGUUCUUCGCUAUACGGGACUCAAGGGAGAGCUCUACACACUCGUUUCUGCUUUUAUCGGAGCAUCAUGUGCUUGGCACUACAUCCGAUGGCCGUCUGCCCGUCCUCUCCCUCUCCACUCAUUGUCCUUCCUCCACCAUGGCUGUCGAGGCAUUCUUCUGCUAUGGUAAUGGCCGUGCAAAAUGGACCGUGCCGGGCGAACUGGUAGGCAAGACUUUACUUUUUCGGUCGGCAAGAAUGCAGCAUUCGAUUGACUUUUCUUUUCCGAAGAUUUAAAUCAACAUACAACUAUCUUCACCGAGGUCUGUUCUCAAAAUGAGCAAGGUAGACAACCUGCCUAUUCUCCAUACAACAACAUUUCUUUCAAGCCAUUUCUAGGGGAAGAGCCGCUGGGAUACAUCUGCACUUGUGUUGUUUAUACACCGCCAUCAAGGCAGCUCCUUGUUCAUUCAGGUCACGAUACUUUUUUACACAACACAUACCCGUUGAGAUCUUCAGAACGAAUCUAGAAAGUCUGGGGUAAUGGUACCCAAAGAAAUCCGAGUUCUGCGAACGGGGUUAUUCGAGAUCAACAAUCUACCAGCAUCGCAAGCGUACCCAGGACACUUACGUGCACGAGAAUGGAACUCUAAUAACGACAAAACAUCGAAUACCAUCCCCGUAAUUCUUUUCGGCGCCGCAAUUUCACCAAUAUCAACAAACAGUCACGUUCUGACUUUCCCAAACAAAACAUCAGAAGGAAACUUCCCGUCACUCCGAUUCGUCCAAUUGACUCCCUUCACUUUUGACUUGAGACGGCGAGUUUUUGUCAUGGGUCAUGCUAAUAAUGUGUUCAGCGCUUGUACCCUGCUGAGAGCUAUGUCUCGGACGUUUUGGGUCCAAAAUUUGCCUUGCGACGACGAAGAAGGUCAGCGUCGGGUUUAG